AAAAUGAGGUAUAUGCUCAAAAAAUUUUAAGAAAAUAUUUGGAAAUUCUUGUACAAAAUCCUGAAUCCCUUCCUGAUUUUUGCAGGAUUACACGCAACCAUCGAGUGAGACGCCUUUAUCUCCAAUGUCUCAACAGCCUAAUUUGACACAUGAGGUAUGUAACCAAUAAAAUAUUGUUGAGUUUUGAAGUAAUAUUUGGAAGCUUUUGUACAUAUUCUUGAAUGCAUUCUUGAUUUUUGCAGGAGACAAUGAAUGAAUCAGAUGAUGAAACUCCUGCCCUUGAUACUCAAGUAUUCUCUCCUAAUCUGACAAAAGAGAAAGAAACAGAAACGUCUACCGAUGAGAGGCCAUCCAAUCCUAAUCAAGAUGGAAAACCAGAUGAUGAGAUUGUGAGAGAGAAAUUAACAAGUGAGUCACCUGCUACUCAGAGUCAAGUUUUACAGAAAGAAACAGUGGAAAUGAAUGAGACACCUUCUUCUCCAAUAGCUCCAAAGAGUAUUGAAACUCCUGUUUAUACUCCAAGUCAGACUCAGCAGAUUGAGAGAGAGCCAUCGGAUGACACGCCUGCCCUUGAUACUCAAGUUUUUACUCCUAAUCUGACAAAAGAGAGGGAAACACAAACCUCUACUGAUGAAACGCCACCCAAAACUAAUCAAGAAGAAGGAAAACCAGAUGAUGAGAUUGUGAUUGAGUCACCUGCUGCUCAGACUCAAGUUUUGCAAAAAGAAACACUGGAAAUGAAUGAGACACCUUCUUCUCCAAUAUCUCCAAAGAGUAUUGAGGCUCAAGUUUUUACUCCAAUUCAGAAACAGCAGACGGUAACAGAGGAAACGUAUGAGGCUACACAGCCAUUGACUGAGAUCAUUUCAGCAAACAAUAAAAAGGAGGAUACACAUGCUGUGCAUCACACACCUUCCUCUCCAUUGUCUUCACUAAUUGCACUAGUUAUUGAAGAAAAUAAGAAUGCUUUGAGUGAGACAGAAACUGCGACCCAAUAUUUUUCUACAAGUGAAGGAGAGCAUACACAAUCAAGCAGAAAGAAUCAAGCAGAAGAAUAUCUCAAGGAUACUACAGAACCUACUACUGAGCUAGUUUCCACAGAUGUUUCGAAGACACAGCCUCUUACUCCGCAAACACAGCACCUUCAGACAAGUGAGGGAGAUCAAUCCGAUGAGACACCAUCAGAGCAGAAUCAAGCAGAAGAAAAUCUCAAGGAUACUACAGAACCUACUACUGAGCUAGUUUCCACAGAUGUUUCGAAGAUGCCGCCUAUUACUCUGCAAACAGAGCAUCUUCAGACAAGUGCUAUAGAUUUUUCAGAAACAAACGAGGUUGAAGUAAGCAGGCUUCUAGCUCACUUUCAAAUAGGCGCAGAGGUUGAGAUUUUGUCUACUGAUGACGAAAUAUGGUAUCCAGGAAAGGUUGUUGAUCUUAAACUGUGUGAAGGACUAGAGGAGCUGACAGUUGAGUACACGACACUCUUCACAGACCAACAUAGACUUCAGAAACUUCAGGAUACUAUCACGGCUGACAAAAUACGUCCUGCAACACCAACUAGUGACCAAAAAUCCUUUGAGAUGAUGGAUAAGGUAGAAGCCUUUUACAACAAUGGCUGGAGCAGCGGACAAAUUAGCAUGGUACUUGGUGAUAACACAUACUCGGUGUGUCUCUAUACUUCUAUGGAAACUAUUCUAUUCAAACAUUCAGAUUUGCGAAUUCAUAGAGAAUGGAAAGAUGGAGUCUGGAAGAUGGCAGAUAAGGUGAAGCCUGAUAAGAAAAGGAAAGCUGCUGCCUCAUCACAAAAUUCAGGAAUGGAUAAUGUUUUCCUAAGAAGGAGCGAGAGGGUGCCUAAACGAUCUAGAGACACAAAAACUCCAUUCAAGUCUGACAGAAAUCCGGCUUUAACUGUAAUACCUGAGAUUAUACCUGCAGUUGAUCCGUUUUCAACUCCUGCGGAACAUAAGCUUUCAAGGCUUCAAAAUUGGAUGACAUUAAAGCCCGGCAUGCAUGAAACGUCCCUAUCAAUCAAUGAUAAUAAGAUAAGGAAAUCUUUCUUUCAAAGCAUGGAAAAUGCAAAAAAGGACCUUAAGAAAGAGCACAUUGAUGGAGCCUUUGCAAUGCUAAAUUGCAGAAGAAAUGAGAAUGCUGCUUGGUUCCACAACUACAAGAUUCCAAAGGCGUGCUUCCUACCUAUGGAGUUCUUGCAUUGCUUGCUCUCUGAUGAUUUGGCUUACAAGAAAGAAAAGGUCAAAGGUAAAAAGAUUUUCAACGAUUUAUUUAAAGAUACUGUGAGAGGGAAGGUAUAUCCAGAGAAGACAUGGGGAGAAGAUGUUGAUGUUGUGUAUGGGAUUACUCUUGGAAAAAAAAGCAAUGUCUGGAUUGGGAUGGAAAUUCAUUUGAAGAAGAAAAGAAUCACAGUAUAUGAUUGUUUUCAAAAGGAAAGCAACAGCAUUGAUAUUCCUCAAGUGAAAAAGUUGGCAGUGUUGAUUUCUAAUCUGCUGGUGGAAUCUUCUGGUGAUGAGGUAGAUAAAGUGAAGAUGAUUCCAUUUGAGAUUGAGCAGGCACAAGGUUUACCCAAGACAAAACAUCCUUUCAACUGUGGGAUAUUUCUUGUCAAGAUUCUGGAGUGCCAGUCAUUGAAGAUAGGAGACAUGACAAAGAUUAAUGAUGACAAUGCAUUGGAGCUAAGGAGAACCUUGUCUUGUGAGAUCUUCAACCAAUUUGUGGAUGAGAGCUUUGGGAAAUGAGAAUGAUGCAUGAAAACAUUUUUUGUUUUAGUUAAGACUCGGUUUUAGUUAUGACUGUUUAUUUUGUUAUGUUGUUGGCGUCUGAUUACAUAAGAAAGAUUGGAAGGAUAUCAAGUAUUUUUUUGGGUAUCAUAUAUCUUGGAAGGUUAAAAUAAUGUUUCUGGAUGGGUUUCCAGAAAAAAAGUUAAGUGUUUCAAAUGUAAAAAAGAAUGAAAUGAGAUUAUAUACUAAGGAUUGGACAUGUAUAUGGUAAGCUUAAAAUUGUGAUGUUUACAGACAACAAAAAUUUAGAACCACAAAGGAUCGAACCCAGAGGGAGAGAGUUUGCGUAUUUGGAUAGUGUGGGAGUUUAGCCACUAGGCCAAGAAGAAUCAUCUGUUAAUGGAUUACAUUUAAUUUUAUUUAACUCCAAACUGUAACACAAAAAAAAAUUAAAAUGAUUUUGAAUCCACCACAUAUCGAACCCGGGGAUAGAGAGACUUUUGAGUUAUGAAAUGCCUUGGUUUAACCGCUGGUCUGAGGAGAAUCAUCUGUUAAAGAAUAUUACAUAAGCAUACUUAAACCAAUUAAUAUAGGAUAGGUUUCCAAAACAAUACAUUUCGAUUGAAAAAAGACAAAACUCUUGCCGUCUCAACACUCUCGCCGUUUCAAACUUCUCGAAUCUCACUCGUCUCCGCCUCUCGAAUCUCUCUCUCAUCUCCAUAUCUCUCGAUCUCCGACGAAAACCCAUCUCCAGAACUCUCUCUCUCUCUCGAUCUUUUACGCGAGCUCUCUCUAUUCUCCGAGAAAAACCAUUUCUAGAGCUCUAUCUCUUUAAGGAUAGAAACAAGAUGGGAGAUCCAUUACCAUUAAGACUAGCACUGCCUGAGCUGAGGUAUCCGAUUGGAUCAGAGCCAGAGAAGACGAUAUCGAUAAACCAACACUCGAUAGUUGCUUAUAUCAAAACUGUUAAGGAAAUUCUAGGAAAUGAUGAGUUCAACAGAAUAAGAGGGACGUUUUUGGGACCGGUGAUCAAGCUUGGAGAGAGGUCUUUGAAAUUAUCAGCUAAGAUAGUGCACGCAGUUCUCACCAAAAGCAUCAAGACAGUGAAGAGACACGAAGCAUGGUUCCAUUUUGGUGCUCAGCCAAUGAGGUUCUCUAUAAGAGAAUUCCACAUGGUGACUGGUUUGAAAUGUAGUGGUGAAGCAAGAGAACCACGAGAGGAAACCGAGAAAUUUAAGUGGGACUUCCUAAAAGGGCGUACUCAUACAGUAAAGGACGUGGAGAAGCAGCUCAGAAACACAAGAGAAGAUGCUUCUGAUGAGAGAUUCUGCCUUGCAAUGCUCCUCCUGAUUGAGAGCAUACUACUACAGAAGAGCCUUCUCGACGGUGGCACAACUUUUACUUUGGAUUAUGUGAAAAUAGCGCAGGAUAUGGAUGUCUUGAUGACAUACCCAUGGGGGAGAACAGCUUAUAAUUUGCUGUUAAAAUCACUUCAGAGAGCUGUCGA